UUUUUCUCCUCUUUCCCUUCAUUGCUGGUUGCUCGCACCAACCAGCUCGCAGCCAAAGAGCUCCUCUGUCCCUCUCACACUGAUCGCGCUUUAAACAACCAGAACUUUCCCCCUGAGAGAGAGAAAAAAACCCAAAAAUAACUGAGACAUUACUCCAAAGGAAGUUAUUGCUCAAGCCUAAAGGCAACUCGAAAAAGUCGAACCAAAGGAGAGGUGUGACAGAGAGAGAGAGGGGAAGAAGAACAGGUAACAAGUGAAUCAGUAGCACCAUUAAGGUGUUUUCCCAUCACAGUUAUAGUGGAGUACAAGUUCCUGCAAGUUUAAAACCAGAUCUGAAGACUCCAGCCGAAGCUAUGACUCAGAGCAAUGGAGAGAACCCACAGAGGACCCGGAGUGGUCUCCACCAGAUCCGGGCUGGGAUCCAGUCCCGAUCUCUGCUGGCUAAGAAGAGAGUGGAGAACAUCACAAAGGACGAUGUGAAGGGAUUCUUCAUUAGAAAUGCCUUCGUGAUCUUAACCAUUGCAGCUGUCAUUAUUGGUAUAAUCCUGGGAUUUGCUCUGCGGCCCUAUAAAAUGUCUUACCGCGAAGUAAAGUUCUUCUCUUUUCCUGGAGAACUGCUGAUGAGGAUGCUUCAGAUGCUGGUGCUGCCCCUGCUGGUUUCCAGUCUCAUCACAGGUAUAGCCGCUCUGGACAGCCGUGCCUCUGGUAAAAUGGGCAUGCGGGCAGUGAUCUACUACACCACCACCACUGUCAUUGCUGUCUUCAUCGGUAUCGUCAUGGUGCUCAUCAUUCACCCUGGAAAAGGAUCGAAGGAUGAGUUCACCAAGCAGCAGAAGAUAGAGCAGGUCAGCCCUGCUGAUGCCUUCCUGGACCUUAUCAGAAACAUGUUUCCUCCUAACCUUGUAGAAGCCUGCACCAAACAGUUUAAGACACAGUAUGCCAAGAGAGUGGUACGUGUGAAGAUGACAGUGAAUGACACAAUAUUCACAAUCAAUGGGAGCCAGGAGAUAGCCCGGGAAGAGAUGAUUCCAGUGCCAGGGAUGGUUGAUGGAAUCAAUGCUCUUGGCCUGGUGGUGUUCUCCAUGUGCUUCGGUCUGAUCAUCGGGAGCAUGAGGGAACAGGGACAGCCCCUGAAGGACUUCUUCGACUGUCUCAAUGAAGCCAUCAUGAGGCUGGUUGCCAUAAUCAUGUGGUAUGCCCCCAUCGGUAUCUUGUUCCUGAUUGCCGGUAAGAUCGUGGAGAUGGAGGACAUUACUUCCAUGGGUGGCCAGCUAGGAAUGUACACAGUGUCAGUCAUUUGUGGGCUGCUCAUCCAUGCCAUCCUCGUCCUGCCAACACUCUACUUCGUCAUCACCAGGAAGAACCCCUUCGUUUUCAUUGCGGGGCUGUUGCAGGCACUCAUCACUGCCCUGGGAACAUCCUCCAGUUCUGCCACCCUGCCUAUUACUUUUAAAUGCCUGGAGGAAAACAACAAAGUGGACAAGCGUGUAACCCGUUUCGUGCUCCCUGUUGGUGCUACAAUAAACAUGGAUGGCACGGCUUUGUAUGAAGCCUUGGCAGCCAUCUUCAUUGCUCAGGUCAAUGAUUAUGACCUUAACUUCGGACAGAUUCUCACCAUCAGCAUCACAGCCACAGCAGCCAGUAUUGGAGCAGCUGGAAUCCCACAGGCAGGACUGGUUACCAUGGUGAUAGUGCUAACAUCUGUAGGCCUGCCCACUGACGACAUCACACUCAUCAUUGCCGUUGAUUGGUUCCUGGACCGAUUGCGCACUACCACCAAUGUCCUUGGAGACUCUAUCGGUGCAGGUAUAGUGGAACACCUGUCUCGCCAUGAGUUGCAGAACAAGGACCCUGAGGUGGGCAACUCAGUGGUGGAGGAAGCAGACAAGAAGCCGUAUCAGCUCAUCUGCCAGGAGAAUGAGUAUGAGAACGAGAGGCCUGCUGACACUGAGACCAAGAUGUAGGGGCGAGCAUUUUGUCUGAUGUUGCAUACUUUCUUAGGAAAACCACUGCAUUGCAUUGAACCACAUUCUCAUCUAACCUCUUCUUAAUUUGCAAGCCUUCCUGUCAUAAGAUUGGAGGGUUCAAAUUAAACUGAUUUACAGCUAGAAUAUAUUUCAGCCAAGUGAGUUCCACUAAUAUGGGAGAUCUGUUGUGGGCUCUCCCAACACACCUUAGACUUGAAAUGGUUCACUGAUGCAUUGUUUUCCUAAGGAUUUGAGUUAUUAUUCUUCCUAAGAGUACAAUACGUAUCUGCCAUAGGGUGGCAGCUGUUUACUAUUAAACAUGAACUACACUAGAGCCUGGUGGUCCGUGGCCUGCAUGCCAUAUCCAACCUCUGUCAGAACUGUGAUGACUAAUCUCACCCACUAGAGGCCAGUAUUGCUGUGAGUCUUAACACUGCAGCAGAUUACAGCCCAUACUUGCACAGAGUUUUUCUGGCUUUAUAGUUGUUGCUUUUCUUUUGUUCAAGUGGUGUUGUACGUGAAAAAUGUAAGUGAAAUGGCAGUGAAAAUCUAUCUGGAGAUUGAUGUGAAAAGUGUUGCAUAUUGUGCAAAUACACUGGGGUGUCCAGGCCAACAUCUUUAAGGGGAAAAGGGCUGUCUAAUUACAUAACUCUGUACAGACAUUAGUGGCUUUAUUUUCUAUAAUUUGGUAUAUAGACUUCACUUGGAUGAAUGAUGCCAUUUACCUUAAGGCACACAUACUUUUGUCAAGUAAAUGUCCAAAUCAGCAAAUGCUAUUGUCAGGCAAACAAAGUUGUCAGGAUGUCUUGGCAACCAAAAAGCCUUGUUUUUUGUUACACAUAUUCCUCAAACCAAUCACUACAAUCAUUAAGACUGACAAACCAAAAUCACUCAAUUUGCUCAGCUGAGAAUUUGAGCUGUAAUCAAAUCAGAAUGUUAAGCCAUUACAUUUCAACCAAAAAAAAAAAACCCCACCAAAAAUAUAAUCCAAAUUUCUGUACAAUUUAAUCAAAUUACACCCACCCACACUCAAACAAAUCACUAGCCUGCAUAAUAAUGCAGUACUGUUUCAAUAGGAUGAUAGUAAUCAUUAUAUUUCUGAUAAGUUCUAAUGGUGGUUGUGAGUCAGCUCCUUACUUAGGCCCUCUAUCAUGGGCAUAGAACUAAAAAUAAUUUCGUGGAAACAUUCACAUAUCAAUAUGAGAUAUUUGUUUUACAUUAAAUUUGUGAAAUUGUAGUCAGUAGGUUGGAUAUAUAAUUUACACAUUUUGCUGGACUAUAUUCAAGGUUUUACUAUUUGCAAUUCAGCUUCCCAUAGAUAAUACAUUGUAGCGCUUAUUUCAUUUGAUUUAAUAUGGAUGCAUGUUGUAAAGUAGUCUAAUGGGUUUCAUUUCAUUCCCCAUCUUUUAUUUUAGCUAGCUUGAAUUUGUAAGUGCUGCUUUGUGUUUGAAAGUAAUUCAGUAUAUAUAACAAAUGUAACAUUUACAUAGAAGUUGCUUUGUAUAGGAGAUCCUCUGGAAUAUACUGUACUUGUAUAGAAAAAUGUAGAUAAAAGUGUACAUUAAUUGUAGAUUUAAAUUGUAAAAGGUUACUUUAGGAUUACGUAUGUAAAGAUGCUGUAACCAUGCUCAUAUGAAACCUAAUGACCAAACUAACAACCCCUCUAGUUCCUUUUACAAAUGGAAAACUGGAUGAUUUAAAGGACCAAAUGUUUUCUUCUACACACUUGAGGAAACUGAAUAGUUCCUUUGUUUACAGUUGCUGGUGUCUCUCUUGAUAUGAUUCUUUCUCUGAUGAAUUCACAUUGGAGUGUGCACACACACAACACACACGACUGAUUAAUAGUUGUAGUGUUAUCUUGCAUGUUUUUUUAAUAAAAAAAUUAAA